CAGGAAUCAUUAAUAUCUCCGGGCGCGUCAAACAUUAACGUGCCAGCUGCUCCUGCAGCGUAUAAAUACUCGAGCGUUGAGGGCAGAGCUUAGUCAUUUCACCGGGCGCAAGGAGAACAGCACCAGUCAGUCCAUCGGCGAAACAAAGCCAAGUAGUCGUUAGUACUUACGCGUUAGGAUUUAUUUAUUCAUUAUAUAGCUAUUUGUAUUUGAUCGCUUUGGAAUGAGCGGAGUCUUUCUGAAGUUGUUCCACGCGGUGGUACUUGGCGCGGUCCUCUUGGCGCCACAGCUCCGCGCUUCCCCGCUCCUGGAGCCGAUCCGGUGCGCGCAGUGCACCGCAGAGCGCGUGGCUGAGUGUCCGCCAGUGGAUGCUGCUUGUGCAGAGGUGCUGCGGGAGCCGGGAUGUGGCUGCUGUCUGGCGUGCGCGCUUAAGCGCGGGGAUCUGUGCGGCAUCUACACGGCGCCGUGCGGCUCGGGGCUGCGCUGCUUGCCCACACCUGGAGAAGUGCGGCCUCUGUAUGCGCUCACACGGGGGCAAGCCGUGUGCACUGAGAUCGGGGAGGACGUGCAGAGCCGCACGCAGCCGGCGCCAGAUCAGCCCGAGGUGGAGGGUGAUGGUCGGAGCGAGGCUUCUGCGGGUCCUGAAGCCGCCUCACCGAUCGUCGUGUCGGGCCACAUCAAGCCCUACGACCCGUGGCUCCUCAGCGGCGCUCAGGAGAGCAUGAAGUCCAAAGUGAACACCUACAGAAGGAAACUUGUUGAGCUGGGCCCCUGCCAUGUGGAGUUACAGAGAGCUCUUGAGAAGAUUGCUCGAUCCCAACAGAAGCUGGAAGAGAAGCUGACCAAGUUCUACCUGCCUAACUGUGAUAAACAAGGCCUGUACAAACCCAAACAGUGUGAAUCGUCUCUGGAUGGCCAGAGGGGGAAGUGCUGGUGUGUGACGUCGUGGAAUGGAAAAAAGAUUGUGGGAUCGAGUGAACUACCCACAGAUGCUGAGUGCCCUCAGGAGCUUAAUCACUGAUCACACAACCACACACACAUUCAGGCCCUAAGAAACUCUUCCACUCAUGGACUAUUUCCACACACAUAUACAUACAGAACAAUAUGCCACUGAUUUCUUUUCUACUUUCUAUUUAUUUAUUGUAGCCUACAUGGUUUUGUUUUAUACAGGUACACUGUUAUAAAUUAGUGAAUAUUAGUUCACUAAACCCACCAAAAGAAAGAAAAUCUUUUCAUUUUUUCUCAUUUCUGAAAGGAUUCUUUAUUAAUAUGUUUAUAUUUACUUAAUACAUCCAUGCAUAUUUAUUUAAACUGAAUGUAUUCAUAUAAUUGUUGGGGUGAGAAUAUUUAUACCUUAUGCCUUAUUAUUGUUAUUAUUUUUGUAUGGUGUAUAAAUGUAUAUGUUCAUUGUGUUUUUAUCAGUGUCAGUUGUCUUAUCUUUCCAACAAACUGUUGGUAGGAAUCUUAAAUGGAAAAAAGCACUGCAUGACCAAACCACAUUGUCACUGCAUAUAGCUUUCCAUGCAAUUUCUGUAGUUACACGAUUGACAUUUUUUUGUCUUAUUUCUUUUACACUAUUGCACAACUACGUGAAGAAGAUAAAAGCUUUCACAAUUCUCUAUUUUGUUCUGCAGUGCAUGAUGGGUAUUGGUCUUCAUAUCUUCUGAAACGGGUAACUACCUGUUCCUACCUCUGUUUUUGAAGAUUUAUUGUGUCUGUGUGAUUUCUGAGAGACUUUGCUUUUGCCAGUGUGGCUUUUUGUCCAUGGACUUAGGACCACUUAAGUUUGUAUUGGUGGAUGUACAAUGUUAUAAUGGUAUAUAUAUUAUAUAUGUGUGCCUUUUUAAUAAAUUGUGGGGGAAAAUGUC